UCGAGCAAGCAUCAUGUCUUCAAGCAACCUUUCUGAAGUCUCUGAUCAACUAGCCGAGAUGUUUUCAGAUACGGAGGAGUUCAGUUCUUCUUCAUCAUCUUCAUCAUCUUCUUCCGAAGACGAAGAACCGACACCAGCCCAAGGCAGCAGCCACGAGCCAGAGGCAGAAGGAUGGACUUCAACGGGAUCUCUACAGACUUUCCCAUUCAGUGGUGUUGCCCAUUUCACCAUUGGUCCAGCUGAGUCCCCUAUUGACUUUUUCAAUUUAAUAUUUAACUCCACAUUUAUGGCCAUGUUAGUAUCAAGCAUAAACAGCCAUGGUUUACAUCUAAUGGUAAAAAGUUCAGACGGCCCCAAUGCUUUCAAAUGGAAUAACACCAACGAAGAUGAGAUUCGUAUUUUCUUGGCACUACUGUUUCAUAUGGGCCAUAUAACAUUGACUAACCUCAAUGAUUACUGGAGUACAGAUGUAUUAUAUGACUUGCCUUUUAAAACGUUCAUGUCCCAGGACCGUUUUCUGUCAAUACUUCGCAAUUUAACUUUUUCGGAUAAUAAUUCAUACAAUAAUACUGAUCCUAACAGAUAUGUCAAACCGAUAAUGGUAUUUUUCAACUCAGUUAUGAAAACUUUAGUAAAUCCUUCCAAAAACUUAACAAUCGAUCAAAGUAAUGUGCUAUGGCGAGGACAAUUAAGAAUAAGACAAACAGGCAAUGGGCAAAAAUAUGGAGUUAAAUUAUUUGCACUAACAGAUACAAAUGGCAUAACGCAGAAAAUGCAUAUGUAUUGUGGAUCACAGGCUACUGUACUUCAAGGCGAAGACCACGCUGAUAAAGUAGUUAUGAUGCUUAUGGAAGAUUAUCUUAAUACAGGGCGCUCUCUCUAUACAGAUAACUUUUGUAAUAGUGUGACAGUAGCUGAAAAUUUGUUGCAACAACGCACAUAUCUGACAGGCACGCUUAGAGCUAAUCAAUUAAGAAAUCCAAUGAUAACUAAGUCGAGGAUCGCUAGAGGUACAUUGCUUACUAGAUACAAUGCACGUGGUGUAUGCGUCACCAAUUAUAGGGAUAAAAGCAAUGUAUUGAUGAUUUCGACUGAACAUCACUCAGAUUUCGUUCAAUCUAGAAAUAGACAUGGUAAGGUUAAACAGACACCAAAAGUCAUAGUCGAAUAUAAGAAGUACAUGAGAGGCGUUGAUCGUAAAAAUGAAAUGCUAUCAUACUACCAGUCCUUUAAGAAAUCAACCAAAUGGCAUAAUCAAAUUGUAAUACACGUAAUGCAAGUUAUGCUCCUGAACUGUUUCAAUAUGUUCAAUGAACAAAUGAAACGGUCUGGUGAUAAUAGUAGACCCAUGUCAUUUUAUGAUUUCCGUCUUAAAGUAAUUAAAAGGUUAUUAAAGCUUGACACACCGACUGACAGACUAACUCAGGCUUCCAAUAUACCUUCAACUUCGGCAUCGCAAAAAAUUACAACAGAUGCCGGUGAUGUUAUACACUCGCCAGCUUACUUACCUAAAAACGAUAUUGGAAAAACCAAAAGAAAAGACUGUAGGCACUGCUUAAAAAAGCGAAAUAUUCGCAAAGCCUCGAUAUUUUAUUGUCCCCUUUGUAUUAAAAAACCUGGGUUAUGUAUAACUUGCUUUGGUGAAUUUCACAGGUAUUAAAUUAUUCUUGCCAACAUGGCAUUGUUAAUUUCCACAAUAAAGGAACUCUUUUGGAUCAGUUGUAGUUGCCUAUAUAUUUGAUGCUUUGCUUUGCGUGUAAUAUUAUUUGAGAAUCCGAUUAAUUUGUUGAUUUUUGUAUUAAUUUUGUGUACAGCAUUAUCUAAAUUAUAUCAAUGUAAUUAUAUAUUAAGUCACACGAAAACUACUGAAUCGAUAAACACAGGUAGUCAGGUAAAGGGUUGUGCAGUGUGAUAAGGAUACUAUUUUAUAAGCAUCUCAUAUUAGUUCUCCUUUAUGUCUUUGUAUUCUUAUGGUAGCUUGAGUUAAUUAUGUAGUUUUAAGAACUGAUUUCUUAAAACCCCGCGUGCACUUUCAUAUAUCCUCAUCAUCAUUCAUAUCAUAUGCAAAAGUAAGUCUGUCUGUCUAUUAACUAUUGACGACUGAACCGAUUGGAUGAUAUUUGGUAUAGAGUUAAAUUGUACCUUGGAGCUGCACAUAGGCUACAUACUACUAUUACAUAUAUCUCCCGAAAAUAUCUAUGGUUCCUGUGGGAUUUGUAAAAAACAGAAUAUCAUGGGAAUUGACUCGCAGGCGUCCGCUAGUUGAUGUUAAAUUGUCACAUAUCUUUAAUUGAUUAACAUUAUCUUGAUAACUUUCUGUUUUAUUUUUUUUAUUGCAUGCUAACUCAAAAUCUUUUCCCAUUUCACUGCAUGCAUUUACUUUCACAUUUCAUCUUGUUGAUUACAUAAUUUGAAUGCAUGCAAACUCAAUUAUAUUGUUUUGUUUCUGAUCUUCUUUGAAUUUAUGCCCAAGCAUAACUUGGAGAUAGAUUCAUUUUAUUUCAUCGUUUAUAAUCAUCAUUUAUUUUGCUGGAUGGAUAGUGGUGGAGAUUUGCAUAGUCUGGAAGACGGCAAUCACAGGAAGGCGCGGAGGUGGGGCGCAUUCCACCCCUUUGGGGUCCACAUUAUUAGAGUUCCUUAAUCAAGAAGGAACCCUUAUAGUCUCCGAAAGACGAUUUUGUACAUCACUGAGCUCAUACCAUUUCCUAGAAUUAUUAGUAAUUUUACUUUCUCUAUCAUCAAAUUUAUCACAUACUUAUAAAUUUUGCUUUUUUCAUGUUGCAAUUCUGUUAGUUUUGUAAUAUCUCACACAUUUUUGCGUACAUGUGUGCUGUUUUAUUACGUUUCUCAUGUGCUUUAUCUUUUCAAUCUUUUCUGCUAAUAUUUUGCA